ACAACGGGCACAUAACGUUUAGAGCAAAGAUGCAGACAAACGUAUAGCUUAAGGCUCGAGUUGAAUAGAAACAAUUAUUGCUUAAAACGAGCAGAAUCAUUCAUCAGCUUGUCCUUUUGGACAUUUUUCACAGGUGUGAAGAUGCAGCUUUCGUGUGGCACUCUUUUUCUACUGACAGUCUCUUUGAGCAUAGGAAAGAGCAAAGCUAAGGGUUUAGGGUGUUCAGGAUCUUCAUGUGGAGGAUGUGACUGCAGUGGUGUGAAAGGGGCGAAGGGGGAGAGGGGGUUCCCUGGUUUGACUGGCGUUGUUGGAUUCCCUGGAUUACAAGGUCAUGAGGGCCCCCAGGGGCCAAACGGACCAAAGGGAGAUGCAGGACAGCCAGGAGCUCCAGGAAUGAAAGGAACCAGAGGCCCACCUGGUAUGGCUGGUUUCCCAGGAUAUCCAGGUAUUCCAGGUAUUCCAGGACAAGAAGGCUCUCCUGGACCUCCAGGUAUCCCAGGCUGUAAUGGAACGAAGGGGGAGCGGGGUUUUGACGGCAUUCCAGGCCUUCCUGGAUUGCAGGGACCACCAGGUAUUGCAGGUUUUCCGGGAAUGAAGGGAGACCCAGGAGGUUUUACUGAUGUAAUCAUCCCUCAAAAAGGAGAGAGGGGCUUCCCAGGACAACCAGGUUCAACAGGACCACCAGGAAAUCCGGGACUGCCAGGGCCAAUUGGCCCACCUGGACCAGUAGGACCUUCUGGAAGACCUGGUGAUCCUGGCCAAAAGGGAGAGCCGGGUGACAGGCUGUCAUUUGUUGCGGAGAAAGGACAAAAGGGAGAAAGAGGCUUAACAGGUCCUCCCGGUCCACCUGGUAGAGGAGACGAAUUAAAAGGCACUGGCACAACAACUUAUUUUCCUGGAACACCGGGUGAGCAAGGAGAGAAAGGAGAGAAAGGAGACAAGGGUUUCUGUGUACCACAUCAACAUGGAAUCAAAGGUGAACAUGGACCGCCUGGACCAAAUGGGAAACCAGGAAAAGAUGGACAGAAUGGAGAAAAGGGGGAAAGGGGUUUCCCUGGUAGUCCUGGGUUUGAAGGCUUGAAGGGUGACAAAGGAGAAAGAGGACCACCUGUAUAUGGAAACGUUCUACCAGGGGUUCCUGGUCCUCCUGGCCUUCCGGGAGCAGAAGGAGAGAGAGGUUACCCUGGGGAGCGUGGUGAUCCUGGCCCUCCAGGAAGAAAUAUUCAGGGCCCUCCUGGACCUCAUGGCUUACCUGGAGAGAUUGGCCAAAAGGGAGAUAAAGGACCCGAUGGAUUGUCUCUUAGAGGACUUGACGGAGCUGAUGGACCACCCGGACCACCCGGACCUUCAGGAGAAAUUGAUAUAAAUUGUGAUAUCGAAAAAGGAGCUCCAGGCCCCCCUGGACCUAAAGGGUUGCAAGGAGAGGUGGGACAGAAGGGCAACCAAGGUGACACAUGCAUAGAGUGCGCUGCAUACGGGCCUCCAGGGUUGCCUGGUCCCCAGGGGCCAAAGGGUCUGCAAGGUUUUCCUGGAGCAGCAGGGAGUAAAGGAGAGAAAGGUGUGCCAGGAACUAUUGGGCCUGUUGGAAAUCCGGGUCAGGAUGGCUCUCCAGGUUUAAUGGGUGCCCCUGGUGAUCAUGGUGAGCCUGGUGAUAUCUUCGUGGCACCAGGGCUGAAAGGAGAUAAGGGGUUACCAGGCACUACUGGCAGCAGAGGAUUUCCAGGUGUUAAUGGGCUCCCAGGAAAUGAUGGCCAACCUGGGCAACGUGGACCCAAAGGAGAGCCUGCAAGAGAAGGUAUUAAGGGGUACCGUGGCAAGGAUGGAGAUCCUGGGAUAACUGGCCCGCCAGGUGCGAGAGGUCCCCCAGGUCUUCCAGGGAUAGGUCAGCCUGGUGAACCUGGUGAAAAAGGCACUGCCGGGAUUCCUGGUGCACCAGGAAGGGCAGGAUUACCAGGAAUUAAAGGUGAAGCUGGUAAAGCUAUAAAUUUACCUGGACCUCAGGGUGCACCAGGGCCUCGUGGAGAGACUGGCAGACCUGGUCUUCAAGGUGAUAGAGGACUUCUGGGUGAACGUGGAGUUCCAGGAUCCCCAGGAAAAAAAGGUGACCCUGGACUGCAAGGCAUUGGACUUCCUGGGCCCCCAGGGCCAAAAGGAUACUCUGGGAUUCCAGGUCCUGCUGGACUUCCAGGAGAGCCUGGUCAGCCUGGCCAGGAUGGCUACCAUGGUCGUGCAGGGACACCUGGGCAAAAAGGUGAACCUGGCAGGGGUCUUCCUGGUCCUAAGGGCUCCAUAGGCCAGCCAGGAUUGCCAGGAUUUCCAGGGGAGAAGGGCAAUCCUGGAAUGACAGGGGUUCCUGGAGCAGAGGGACAUACAGGGUCUCCCGGCCCUCAGGGAAUUAAAGGUAACCCCGGAUCUCCAGGAGUUCAUGGUUUAAUGGGGCCACCAGGUCCUCCAGGGUUUGGAGAACCUGGACCACGUGGACCAAUGGGUCCACCUGGAGGCCCUGGACCUCUUGGUCAGACAGGUAUAAAAGGUGAGAAGGGUUAUCAAGGACUACCUGGUCUGGACAUGCCAGGUCCUCAAGGUGACAAGGGUAGCCCUGGUGUCCCAGGGCUACCAGGAUCUAAGGGGUUGACUGGUCAACCAGGUCUUCCUGGAAAAGAUGGCUUCCCUGGUCAGCGUGGUCCAAAAGGAGAAAUUGGAUUCAUAGGGAUGACAGGUCCUCCUGGAUCGCCAGGUUCCUUUGGAAACCCUGGGGCACCUGGACCAAGAGGUGACCCUGGUGCGAGUGGGCCCAGUGGACAGUUUGGUGAACCAGGUCCAAAGGGUGAAAGAGGGGAGCAGGGUCUACAGGGGCCACCUGGAAACAUGAGUGCUGUGGACAUGGAGCACAUGAAAGGGGAGAAAGGAGACAUUGGAGACAGAGGUGAUCCUGGUCUUACGGGAUCGAAGGGCUAUGAUGGAACACCUGGUGACCCUGGAAUGCCUGGAAAGGAUGGAAUGCCUGGAUUACCUGGACAGCCAGGUGAUAAAGGUGACCCUGGAUUUCCUGGGGUGCCAGGACAUAUUGGAGAGCCUGGAGACACAGGUCAAAGAGGAGACAUGGGAUAUCCAGGUUCAAUGGGGCCAAAAGGCACUAAAGGUGUUGGCGGGUCACCGGGUCACCCAGGAUUUAAGGGUGUCGAUGGCUCCAAAGGACAAAAAGGAGACCCUGGUCUGGCAGGAAUAGGAAUCCCUGGUCCUCCUGGAGAGAAGGGAAAUAUAGGCACCCCUGGUUUUCCUGGUGAACCUGGACAUAAAGGACAGAAAGGUACCAUGGGAAUGCCAGGUACUCCUGGAAGUCAAGGACCUAAAGGAGUCCCGGGACUUACUGGUUACCAAGGCAAUCCAGGGAAGCCAGGUGAGAAAGGUGUCAGUGGAUUGCCUGGGUCUCCAGGAGACCCUGGGUUUGAAGGACGUCCCGGUGAGCCUGGUCUACAGGGUCCUCCAGGUCUACUUGGUGAAAAAGGUGAACCAGGAGUAGAUGGCAUACCUGGAUUCACUGGAGAAAGGGGAGAACCCGGUGUACCAGGGAAAGGAUCACCCGGAACCCAUGGUCAACCUGGCAGCAAAGGUGACAAAGGAAACCCUGGUCUUCCUGGCAUUCCCGGCAAUCCAGGUAUUCCUGGAAGCAAAGGAGAGAAGGGUCUGACUGGAUUCCCAGGGGACCUAGGAUGGCCUGGAGAGAGAGGAAUUCCAGGAGCAUCUAUGGAGGGGCCUAAAGGGGACAGGGGAGCUUAUGGGGAGCCGGGAGAAAAAGGUGCAACUGGUGAUCCAGGCCCACCUGGUGUACCAGGUAGUGCUGGAGCUAAAGGAGUAAAAGGAGAUUUGGGCUUCCCUGGCCCACAAGGCUCUCAGGGUUAUAAAGGAGACAAGGGUUUCACUGGCAUUCCUGGUGAAGCUGGAUUACCUGGUUAUAAUGGACCAAAGGGUGAGAUGGGACCUCAGGGUGUUCCUGGUUUCCGUGGUAUAAAGGGUGAGCAAGGAGCUUUUGGUCCUAAGGGUGAGGGUGGAGACAGAGGAUUUCCAGGGCUAAAAGGUAACGAAGGGCUCCCUGGGCCCCCUGGACCACACAUAUUCGUGAAGGGAGAUCCUGGUUUUCCAGGACCACAAGGUCCACAAGGUCCAAUUGGACUCCAAGGUUUCCCUGGACAACAAGGAACACAGGGUGUGACGGGACCUCAAGGUUUAAAAGGAGCUGAUGGGACACCUGGAUAUAAUGGACAUCCUGGGGCCAAAGGAGAGCCGGGACAAAAUGGACCCUCUGGCCCAAGAGGGUACCCCGGGCCUCCAGGGCCUGAUGGUGUCCCAGGACAAAUUGGCUCUCCUGGCCCUUCUUCAAUGGACCAUGGCUUCCUGGUAACCCGCCACAGUCAGACUGUUGAAGUUCCACAAUGUCCAGAGGGAACCUCACUGAUCUAUGAUGGAUACUCCCUGCUUUAUGUUCAGGGCAACGAGCGAUCACAUGGGCAAGACUUAGGUACAGCUGGUAGCUGUUUAAGGAAGUUCAGCCCUAUGCCUUUUCUGUUCUGCAACAUCAACAAUGUAUGUAACUUUGCAUCUCGUAAUGACUACUCCUACUGGCUCACGUCUCCUGAGCCCAUGCCUAUGAGCAUGGCCCCUGUUACUGGUCAAAGCAUCAAACCCUUCAUCAGCAGAUGUGCAGUAUGUGAGGCUCCCGCUAUGGUGAUAGCUUUGCACAGUCAGACCAUACAGAUACCAUCCUGCCCUCAGGGCUGGCAUUCCCUCUGGAUCGGAUACUCUUUUGUUAUGCACACCAGCGCUGGUGCUGAGGGUUCAGGUCAGGCUCUGGCCUCUCCUGGCUCUUGUCUGGAGGAAUUCCGCUCUGCUCCCUUCAUCGAGUGUCACGGUCGUGGCACCUGCAACUACUACGCCAAUUCCUACAGCUUCUGGUUAGCAACCAUAGAGGAUAGCGAGAUGUUUAUAAAACCUGUCCCGACAACACUAAAGGCUGGGAAUCUGCAAACUCACAUCAGCAGGUGUCAAGUGUGCAUGAAGAGGGUAUAGAGAAACCUCAGCAAUGCAUCUGCUCUUUAUGUUCCAGUUUUAUGAACAAACAAAAAUGUUUGGUGCUACUUCUAUGAAAAGUCAUAGAAAAAACUACAAGAACACAUAGAAAAUACAUGUCUCAGCGUUCUCCAGUAUAUAGCAAUGGAACCUCAAGAUCUACUGUCACAUUUGCUUCAAACAGAGCGCUUAAUUAACAUUGUUCCAUUGUGUCUAAUGAAUGACACCUGUUUACACUUGCACUGAGUAUAUAUCUAUAUGUAAGCAGGUAGCUAUCUUGAACAAUUAUCUAUAUGAUUUGGAUGCUAACCCAUCCAGACCUUCUUAAAUUUUUCAUCAUUAUUUAUCAUGCAUUCAACAAUAUACAAUGCAAAUAUCCUGAUUAUUUUCUAUAUCUCUAAAUUUUAUUAUCAACCAUCACUAACAUUAGGAUUUCAUAUUUCACUGUCUGUAAGUUUCUCAGCAUCCUCUUUGUGUGAUGUAGGAAAGGCAAAGUUCAAGGUUUGUUGUAAAUAUAGUGCUGUGUUUAGUACUUAACACAAUGUCACCGUAAUCUCUUCAGGUAAAAUGUGAUUGAUUUUGUUAUACUUAAUUAUUUAUGAAAAGUUAUGAGAUGAGAGUUUAUGAUGAGAGUUUCUCUUUUGAUGGUUUAUUUUCUCUGUUUUAACCACUGAAGAAUACCAUCAUAGCACAUAAACUGUAAUAUUCUGCACUGUUUUCUAUUAUCAACAUCUUCCAUGUCGAAAAUCACAACAUUUUUAUUUUUUUUUGUAUGUACGUUUAUAUGUACACGUAUUUACAUGUGUGCGUGUGGCUGUGUCUGGUCUGCCUGCCUUUUGAUGCAGAAAUUUCUCUUGUGUAACAGCACAAUUUCAGUCAGCUGGAUAUGGUUUGCCAAAGACUUUCGAUUGAGGACAUUUAACCUCUUAAAGCUGAAGUGUGUAAUUUUGUUGGUGUUACAAUACUUUCUCCUAGCUCAGCUUGAUAUGCAGAGAGAACUGUAAGUAGGCGAUUUGUUGGUUGUCUUCCUGAAAAAUGUGAACUGCAGCCCAGCACAGCAAAAUUGGCUGAUCCAAUGGUGUGAGCUUGGGGCAGGAUUAACCAAUAGUCCUACCUAGUCCAACCAAUAGGAGAGUGCUCAGAAAACCCAUUUGAAAACAAUCAUUAUUUUUGCAAUGCUGUUUGGUCAUGUGGCACUGAUAUUACACACUUCAACUUUAAAAACAGAUUUUCUUUCAUGUUGCUACUGUGUAUCUCAUGCCUAUUCAUGAUUAAACAGUACAAUCCCUUGAUUAUCUUUUAAAACCUCUAACCAAACUUAUCAGUAGCCAGACAUUGAACAUAUAGCAUCUCCAAGGGCACUACCAAUUUCACUUGAUACUCUUUGUUGCUUAAAAUGUUAGUUCACCCCAAAAUGAAAAUUCUCUCAUUAUUUACUCCCCAUGCCAUCCCAUAUGUGAAUGACUUUCUUCUGCAGAACACAAAUUGUUGACGUGUUACUGCAUUAACACGUCAACAAGGUAAGCAGUUUUAAUACGUUUUUUGCUGUCUUGCAGUGUGUGGUUAUGAUGUUGAAGUUAUUCCAUACAUUUUUAUGAUCCAAGAAAACAAAACUCACAAGCACUUGGCCAUGUGACAGUCAAUGCAACUCUGCAGAAUAUAUUUGAUGCACUUCAUCCUCAUCCAGUUGUCUAAGGAGGCUCUGGUUGUUUGAGCGCAAUUUCCUGAAGUUUUGCUACAGUUGCCAGGGUUUCAAGUCAUUUCAUGUUUUUUCAUGUUGAUAUUUUGCUUAUCAUGUUGAGUUAGACGAGGAAGCUAACAUGCUGGCUGCUUCCAAAACCCAAGGUAGCUGUCUUGUUGCCUCGCUGCCUUAUCAGUCAUUGACUCAACAGACAGCAGUUGCGUUCAAAGGUACCAACAGAAACUUGUUUCUGACAGGCUACUGUGGCCACAUAAUGUCACAUUGAUGCUAGGAUACCAACAACUGAUUAUCGCCAUCUGGUGCCCACUGAAGGUAAUGCGUCUGCUAUAUUAAAUUUUAUGAAUGAUCUAAUAAUAAUCUAUAACAAAAUCAAGAGAGUUUUGGCGAUAACCAAGUGUAUAUUUAAUAACUACAAUACUGCUUUCUUGCUAGAAAUUAACCAAAAGUUAAAAAAGUCUUGGUCACUUCCCACUUCUUUAUACAGCCUCCGGAGUCAGCAGGUUGGUUUCGGAUGCUGCUGCUGUCUUACUGGUAUUGUGCAUUGUAAGGGGGUUUUGAUGGGCAAGGAGGAGGCGAGAACUGGCUUAACAAUAUAAAUAAUAUUUCAUUAAAUAAAAAGAUACACACAAACAUAUACAAGGCAGCUUCCUGUAAUUCUCUCUCUCUCUAACUGUCGUCACCGGCCACCUUUAUCCCUCGCGUGUCCCAUCAGGCCGAUUGGGGACCUGGAGUGGCUCAUUUCAGCCCUGCCCCACCCUCCUCCGCUCUACACACCUCCUGUUGUUGCAUCAGGCCAUCUGUCAGCUGGUCAUCACCACCUUCCUCAACCUGGGAGGAGACAGGUGGGAAAAAAACAACAAUUAAAAAAAGAAAUAGGCAAGGGAUAGGCCAAAACGGUGUGACAGAGAGAGAGAGAGGAUAGAGAGAAGAAGCUCACUCACUGGUUCUCUGAUGUGCCGUCGCGUAGUCCCCGAUCACUCCUUCACAUUCUCAGGCGGACGACAGCCGCUCCUCCCCAGGCUGACUGGAGUUAAACCUCCAACCCCCAGUAGACAGAAUAUGCCCCUCCACUUUUCUGGUGGCAUGUGGGGACACUCCACUGCCCAUGGCAGCGGCCCUACUGCUCCAGGCGGUCGGGGAGUCACUUCCCUCCUCCCCUCGCAGACGGCAGUCUUCUAUCGACCCCUCCAUGUUUUUGGGGGGCGGCAGGGCACUCCUCUGCCCCUGGCUCCAGGCGGUCGGGGAGUCCUGUCCCCAUUCGCCCCGUGGACGGUGGCUGUUCCCCGUGUCCGGGCGGUUGGGCUACUCCAUCUCCCAGAGGAUGGCAGCAGCACUCCACUGGGUGCGACAGGUAUCCCUGCUCCUUGCCGGGUUUCGGCACCAGUGUUUUGAUGGGCAAAGAAGAGGCAAGAACCAGCUUAACAAUAUAAAUAAUAUAUUAUAAUUAUAUUAUAUAAAAAGACACACACCAACGCAUACAGGGCAGCUGCCUGUAAUUUUCUGUCUCUCGAACUGUCAUCACCAGCCACCUUUAUCCCUUGCACACCCCAUCAGGCUGAUUGGGGACCUGGAGUGCAUAAUCCUCCGCGCUACAUGCAUUUUAUCGAUUUUUGACUGCCUCAAAAUGCGUGAGGGUCCGCAGCCUCCCUGCAAAUUCUGACGCCUCCCUAAGGGGGGCACGGACACCAGGUUGGGAACCACAAGCCUAAAGCAAUAUGAUGGGUGUGGUUGAGAAACAAAUCAAUGUUUAAGAACUUUUGUAACAUCAAUCUCCAUCUUUGACUAGCCCCAACCAGUAGGUGGCUGAAUGUGAAAGUGAUUCACUUCCACACCAGAAUAUGGAAGUGGAAGUGAAAGUGUAGAUUUUCAGAAAAAAAAAGACUUACAAUUAUCUCACCCACAUCUAAGACUUCUGAAGACAUGGAUUUAACUACUGGAGUAUUAUGGAUUACUUUUACCUUUAUGUGAUUUUGGACCUUCUGAGUUCUGGUCACCAUUCAAUUGCAUUGUAUGGACCUACAGAACUGAAAUAUUCUUCUUCAAUUUUUCAUUUGUUUUCUGCUGAAGAAAGAAAGCAUUCACAUCUGGAAUGGCAUGAGGGUGAAUACAUUAUAAGAUAAUUAAAUUUUUUUGGGUAAACUAUCCCUUUCAAAACUUUGUUAGGAAUUCAAACUAAAUACAUCUUUGUUUGAUGUCUCAUUUGACAUUCUAUUGACUUGAACUCAUCAACAAACACACCUGACUUCUACCAUGUCUUUGAUAAAUUUCAAGCCUCUUUGCAAAUGGUUUAUCCAGAUAAUACAGUCUGCUUCUGAAGUUAAAAUGUUCCCUCAUGCAGACUGAGAUGUUGUGCUUUAUUUAAUUUGUACAGUAUAUUCUCGCCUCUGGAUUCCAUUGUACUGUAUGUUUCAAGUGUCCUUUGUUGUCUUAAUGCCAAUACUAGACCAAAGAUCAUGCUCAUGUUCCCUUUGUUUUGAUCAUUUUACACUGAUAAUACUUGACUAUGCAAUCUAUACUACUUGCCUCUACAGAAUUACCCUUGAAAAUAAAGCUCACUAAAGCUGACCUUUUAGUGAAGCCCAUUCAAUUAAAGCUGUUACACCAUUUCAGCCAAAGGAAAAUAGCUAGAUCUGUUCAAAUUUGAAAGUGCUUUUAAAUAAUUCAGGUGUGAAGGUUGUCGGAUGUGCUCUAAAGCCCUGACACUCCACUCGGCCUGUCACAACCUCGCUGUAGUGCCACUAACCAUGCACACCCACUGUUGUAGCCAUAAAUAUCCAUUUCUAAUAUUAACAGCCCUUAUGCUAUGCUUUUAAAUAUGUUGAGUGAAAAUUCACUGUCAAAUGAUUUCAAUGAUGUCCCUGCUCUAUACUGUGUCAUAUAAUAAAUGUUUGUAUAAAUGAGGGAUGCAUUCCUGUUUUCAUACCAGCAAGAGGGUUCUAUUUAAAGGUGAAGUGUGUAUUAUUACAAAUCUGACAACAUUGGUGUGGUGGUAGAGGUGUGGUUGAGCACCGGCUUGUGAAUGGAGAGUGAGAUCAUGAGGAGAUGAGAAUGGUAAGGAUCAUCACCUGGCAAUGAUUGUCUCUAACAUCUGUUUGUCAUUGCAAUGAGAGAUAGAUAUUUAAGAGCGAGCCAGGCGCCAGUGAGGGGAGAGAGAGCUGCACACACGCACACCCAGAGACUGUGUUGUUUGAGUUUGAUAAAAAGCGAGUUUAAAUACUGUUAAUAAAG